AUGAAACCAGCUGUAAGCGGUCGCGGUCUAAAGGGAGCCGGCUACAUCAACAAGAACCUCGUUGAUAAGGAAGGCAAUCCGAUCAAGUACCAUUCCAACCGUGGAUAUAAUCUCGCGCAACUCGAAGGCACGGGAUCUUACAGUUCCAUGGCUUACAAGCGGGUUGGUACCAAAUUCGUUCAUCUCCCAAAGCUCAAUGAAAACCUGCUUAAGGUUGUGUAUCCCAACCGCUCGACGGUCGGUCGUCAGUGUAAGAUCAGCGAUGAUCUCGCUCAGCUAAUCAAGACGCUCGUAUUCGAUGGUACGAUCGAUCAGCAGCUGUAUGACUCGAUGUCGAUGGGCGACAAACGCGUAUUUCAUGAGUUGCUACGCAUUACGCACACUCAGCAUGCCAUGAGAGAUCCCGUCAAGGAUCCCCGCGAUGUUCUGAAACAGGAAUACAUGAAGCUCAAAGGAGAGGUCAUGCUUGGAAACGAUAACCCAGAACUGGUUCGCGAACUCAAGCAGACUGAUGUGACGACGCCUCGCCAAGCGACCGUGUGA